GGUGGCGGCGGCAGCAGCGGCGGCGGCGGCAAAGCGGCGGGGCGGGCCAGGCCGAGGAAAGGAUGGUCUGCUUCGGGGACCGCUCCCCGGGCUGCUCGCGCCUGGGGCUGGGCGGGUGAGCGGGUCUCCCCGCAGGCAGGCGGCGCUCCAGCAGCGCCCGCAGGCGCCGCUGGCCCAGCCCCGUCAGCGCCCCGAGAAGAGCCGCCGAGGGAGCGGCUUGUCCGCGGCAGCAGCGGCGGGGGAGGGAGGGGGCGGACUCCAAGGGGCUCCCGGACGGGGUCCCUCUCCCUGCCGCCGCCGCCGCCGCCGCCUUCCAGCCGCAUCAUGGCCGCGAAGUCCGACGGGGGGCGGCUGAAGAUGAAGAAGGGCAGCGAGGUGGCGUUCACGCCGCUGCAGAACUCGGAGCACUCGGGCUCGGUGCAGGCGCUGGCCUCGGGCUUGCCCUCGGCGGCGGGGCCCGGCGGCGCCGAAGACGACGAGGCGCCUGGCGGCGGCGGCGGCUGCUGCUCCUCCGGCGGCUGCCGUUGCUGCUGUAGCGGCGGCGGCGGCGGGCGGGCGGCCGGGGGCUCGCGGGGCUCGGGCGGCGGCUCGUCGUCGCUGUGCCUGCGGCUGGGCCGGGAGCAGCGGCGCUACACGCUGUGGGACGGGCUCUGGAUCCUGGCGGCCGUGGCCGUGUACUUCGCGGACGUGGGCACGGACCUCUGGCUGGCGGUCGACUACUACCUGCGCGGCCAGCGCUGGUGGUUCGGGCUGACGCUCUUCUUCGUGCUGCUGGGCUCGCUCUCGGUGCAGGUCUUCAGCUUCCGCUGGUUCGUGCACGACUUCAGCAGCGAGGACGGGGCGGCGGCGGCGGCGGCGGCGGCAGGGGCGCCCGGCUCCUCGUCGGCCGGCGGCCACGGCGAGAGCAAGCUGCUGGUGAGCAGCGGUUCCGCCGCGGGGGACAUGGAGGCCGGCGCCCGGCCCGGCACGCCGCAGAGGCAGGCGUCCAACGCCAGCAAGGGCAACGCCACCAACAGCACCAACAGCAGCAGCAGCACCAACGCCGCCACCGGAGGAGCGGCAGGGGCGGGCGGCGGCGGCGGCAUCCGGCCCCCCAAGAGCCGGUCCGCCUCCUGCGCCUUCUGCAUCUGGCUCAUGCAGUCGCUCAUCCACAUCCUGCAGCUGGGGCAGAUCUGGAGGUAUUUUCACACUAUCUACUUGGGCAUCCGAAGUAGACAGAGUGGGGAUAGUGACAGAUGGCGCUUUUAUUGGAAAAUGGUCUAUGAGUAUGCAGAUGUGAGUAUGCUGCAUUUGCUUGCUACAUUUCUAGAAAGUGCCCCACAACUGGUCCUCCAGCUCUGCAUUGUUGUACAGACACGUACUCUUCAGGCCCUCCAAGGACUUACUGCUGCAGCAUCCCUUGUGUCUUUGGCAUGGGCUUUGGCUUCCUAUCAAAAAGCACUUCGUGAUUCCCGUGAUGACAAGAAGCCAAUCAGUUAUAUGGCUGUGAUAAUCCAGUUCUGCUGGCAUUUCUUCACAAUUGCAGCCCGGGUGAUUACUUUUGCUCUCUUUGCCUCUGUUUUCCAACUGUAUUUUGGGAUCUUCAUCGUCCUCCACUGGUGCAUCAUGACCUUCUGGAUUGUCCAUUGCGAAACGGAGUUCUGCAUCACUAAGUGGGAAGAGAUUGUCUUUGAUAUGGUCGUUGGGAUCAUUUAUAUCUUUAGUUGGUUCAACGUCAAGGAGGGAAGGACACGCUGUAGGCUUUUCAUUUACUAUUUUGUGAUCCUUUUGGAAAACACUGCCUUGAGUGCUCUUUGGUACCUAUACAAGGCUCCUAUGAUUUCUGAUGCGUUUGCCAUACCGGCACUAUGUGUGGUGUUCAGCAGCUUUUUAACCGGCAUUGUUUUUAUGCUGAUGUACUAUGCCUUCUUUCAUCCCAAUGGACCAAGGUUUGGGCAGUCACCAAGCUGUGCUUGUGAGGACUCUGUAGCUGCCUUUACUCUUCCUCCAGAAGUAGCAUCAAGUACUUUAAGGUCUAUUUCUAAUAACAGGAGUGUCACAAGUGACCGGGAUCAGAAAUUUGCAGAGAGAGAUGGGUGUGUGCCUGUUUUUCAGGUGAGACCUACUGCACCUUCUACUCCUUCAUCCCGGCCACCAAGGAUUGAAGAAUCUGUCAUUAAAAUUGAUCUCUUCAGGAAUAGGUAUCCAGCAUGGGAGAGACAUGUAUUGGACAGGAGCCUGAGAAAGGCCAUUUUAGCUUUUGAAUGUUCGCCUGCUCCUCCACGGCUACAAUAUAAAGAUGAUGCCCUUAUACAGGAGCGGUUGGAAUAUGAAACAACAUUAUAAAUACAAUUUUUAAAGAGAGCUCAAUGCAGCGGCUAUGAUACAUCCAAAAUAAAAGGGUGGCAAUAGGGCCGUGGCAAUAACUUAACUGCAUUCUACAGCAGAGCAGCAAGAUGUAAUAGUAUCUGGCUACCAUCAUGUUUAUCAUUUGAUCCGCUGUCCCACAGUCUGUCGGUAGUACACCUAUAAAGCAGCAGCAUCCAAGAGCCUCAAAGAAUCUGACUGAGAAAUAGACCUAGUCCAGUUACUUCCUAUUUCUUUCAAAGUGCACUGCACAGUAUUUAAAAGUAAAACAGGAAGGUUUGAAUGAGUUGCAUCAACAUACUAGUUAAUGCAUUUUUAUUUUAUUUUAGAGAAACUUCAACUCUUGGUGUUUGCAUAGUCAUUUACAAAAUGAAGAAACAGUUGGGGGGAUGUCAAAAUAACUUAUUUUGUAAAAGGCAAUGUUACUGUUAAGUGAACUCUAGUUUCUAUAAAAGAAAUUAUAAAAAAAUAUUAUUCUCUGGUUUUGAAUAGGUAAAUCAUAAAACAUUUGCAAAAGAAUUACAAUUUGAAAAAGACAUUAAGGAUUUUUUCUGAGUCUAGAACUAAAUUAAAUUCUAACUGAGCAAAAUACAUGUGUUGUAAUCUAAGGAGCUCUUCAUUUUUAUAUAUUUAUUUGCUUUCUUUUAUUCUAUUUAACAGAAAUAUUAUACAUACAAUUUCAGGGGUUUGGCAUUUUUGAAACAGAAAUUCUAUGCAGAUGGCUCCCCAGCUUUCAGCUAGUCUUUAGCAAUGUUAAUUAAAUGAUAAUCAUGAUUAAAUUUUCAAUUAGAAAAAAAGAGUGAGAAAGAGAAAUGGCAUGAAAACAAGAAGGUAUAUUUCCUGUAAUUGAACUUUUGGCGAUCAUAUUCAGGACAAUAUUAAGAGAUGAACAGACUUUUAACUUACAUUUUUUUCAGGAUCUGGGAUGCAUAGCUCUGUGUGUGCAGAAGAUGUGAUAAGAAACCACAAUGUCAUACCCUUCUAGUGCCAAACAUUGCUGUAACUGCAAAAUUGAUAUUGUUGUUUGAGGGACAGAAAAUGGGUGGCACAAGUACUUAAGCAAGAAGCUGGGAAGAGCAAUCAUACUUUCCACAUUUGCAGACAUCACUAUUUGGUGAAAAUUGGCUACUUGUCUGUAAGUAUCUAAAGUAAACAUACAUUAAACCAGGCUGUGUGCAUCAUGUUCUUGAAUUGGCCAAAACCUGUUUCUCUGUG